GCAAUUUUUUUUUCUUAUUUUUUUAUUGUAGUUAAGACCGACAACAGAAUAGAAUACAAUAAUAAGGCGAAAACAAAUAGAUAAAUGCAUGCGUCAUCUUAUUACAUCACUUCCGAUCAAAACCAAGUUUUUGAACUGAUUUUUAUUAAACUUUUACUGUUUUGUUUAUAUUUAUCAAAGGAAUAGACACAUUAUAAUUGCUAAAACGUGGACAUUCCAUAUCCAACCUACAGAAGUUUGCAGACCUAUUUGAAAAAUGUACUUGAGUGGUGAUUUCCAAGACAAAAUAUCAAGCACAUAUUAUAUGCUUUUUAUGUGAAAUGCGAAUAUCUGUGUUAUGGAUAUUUAACUAUCAUUCAAGUCUAUUUUCAAAUUAAAGUUGAGAAAUGUGGCACAACACAGUAAAAGGAGGAAUCACAUGAAUUAUCCAUUGACCUUUUAUAUGAUAUUAUGAAUUGGUUUUGCAGUUGAAAAUGACUUCACUCUUGACAUCUUUAUAUUUGUUGAGUUUUAAGCAGGCUGAAACAGCUCAUAGUUCGGAUUUAGAUUGUGUAAAAUUUUCUAGCAAAAGUGUGUGUACACAGGGUUUGUAUGCUGAUGCCAAAAAUGAAUUCAUUCGAAGUAGAUGUAGUGAUUAUAAGCAACAGUGGGGUUGGAAGAAAAACCUGAAAUCAAUUGACAAAUUGUUUAAAUCUUAUAAAUCGAUAUUUUUAUCCUGGGAGUUAAAUCAACCAUUAUUGAUUCUUUUUAGUAAUGGAUCAAUUGUUUGUAUAGAAUUUAACAAUGAAGGAAAUACUUUAAAAAAUGUUGAAAUUGAUAAUAAUUUAUGUGGAAAACUUUUACCCAGUCGAGUAGUUGAUGCCUGUAUUUGCCAAAAUUAUAUAUUUGUCACUUAUUCAGAACCAAAAUUAACUGUAAUUCAUGUUAAUAAGGAAUCAACGUCAUUUUCUGCAAAAAUUUUAGGCAAAAAGAAAGGGAAAUUGAUUGGUUCUGACCCUAAGAUUUCUCAUAUUGAUCUUAUUGGUCCUUCUAGCAAAAACUUGGAGAGAAAACUUUCUCUCAACUUUUAUAAAGAUCAUCUGUUGAUUUGGUGGCGAUUUACUGGCACAGAUGUGUGGCCAUGGACCCCAGUUUCAUAUGCGGCUGAUCGAAUAAAUAUGCUAAUUUAUUCAUUGAAUGAAGGUAUUGAAAUAUUAUGCACAAUAAAAGUGCAUGGUGAGCUUAUUAAUGCCAAAUACAGUGCAUGUAAUUCGAAUCAAAUUCUUACACUUGUGGAAGUGAAAACAGAGAAAGGUAAUAGCAUUAAUGUGUCUGUUUAUGAAAUUAUCAAAGACCAGUGCCAUCAUGCAUCUGUAAUGCAACUGCCUCUACAAGGAAAAGUGACUUCUUUUGACUGGAGUUCUACGGACAAGCUGCUUGUUUCAGAUUCGAAUAAUUUUCUUUUGAUUUAUGACUUAAAAAAGAAGACAUCUAUUGUAACUAAUCUUUUGUUCACUCCACAGCUUAUUCUUUGGCAUCCUCAGGACUGUAUUGCAUUGGUGACUAGCACAACUGGUCAGAUUCAGUGUUUUGAUGCUGCUUUAACUUGUAUAAAAUUUAAAUUGUAUCAUAGAACUUUUGUUGAUUGUAAUUUAUUAGAGCUUAAUUCUCACUUUGCUCAAAGUUGUUCUGUACAGAAUCUACUGUGGCAAAAGUCACAUUUAAAUGAUAAGUGCCUGAUUUUGUUAGAUUCAGAUAUGUCUUCAUUUGUUCUUUUAAAAUUUACUUUGGGGAGUAUUACUAGAAAUAAUUUAUCUGCUUCUGAAUUAAUUAGUCAAUAUUUAAAAUCUGAUUCUAUAGAUGAAGCCAUUUUACUGUUGAAGAGUUUGAAUUGGUGUCAUGAUAGUGAACUUCAUUUUCAAUGUUUGUCAAAAAUAGCUAAUUUUUUGCUUAGAAAACCUUUGAAUCUGCAAUCUCAAGCUGGUUUGGAAUUAGCUUUAGGAACGUUUUACUCGAAUAUAGAUGAUUUACCUAAACGGAUUCUCAAACUGUACCAUCAUAAAAUUAAUCACAUUGCCAGACGUUUUUUCCAUCAUCUUUUACGUUAUCAUCAAUUCAGAAAAGCUUAUUUAUUAGCUGUUGACUUGGAAUCUCAAGAUUUAUUUUUAGAUUUAUUCCAUGUGGCUAUGCAAAAGGGUGAAAAUGCUUUAGCUUGUGUUGCAAUUCAUAAUGUUAAUAAACUGAAUGGAUUGCAAAAUAGUGCUUCCAAUUCAUCAAUAGCUUCUGGUAGCUCAACAGGAACCUCGGCAGCAUCAGAUAACGAUAAUUGGGAAGGAUCAAUUGCACAGCAGCAUGAAAAGACUGCAUUUGAAAGUUUGUCAGACCAGCAAUAUUGGUCUGAGUAUCCAAAUGUGAAAAACAGUUGGUUAAAAUCUUCAGAAAUAGACAUACAUCAUCAGUCAACUCCUUUUGAAAGGCAACAUUUGCAUAAUGUUCAGCUUCUGAAUUCUGAUAGUUAUGAACAAAAUUCAGAGCAUAGCUUAUCUGCUGGUGUAGAAUAUUGCAAAUCCGGCUCAUCUUUUUGUGAUAAAAAGCAGGUGCCUUCUUUUAGUCCCAGACCUCUACCUCCUCUUCCCUUCCAUUAUUCUAAAUCUUCAGAAUCAUAUGCAUAUUCUAAUAAUUCAGUUACCUCUGUUUCUUCCUCCAUGAAAUCUAAAAAUAUUUCUGGGCAUAGUAACAACAAUCAACUAUUUGCAGUUAAAUCUACAGAGAGUUCUUGGAAAUUACCUUCCUCAUCUCAUCAUGAUAUAUCUUAUAAUACUGAAAAUGGCGACUCAAAUUCUUCUCAGGGUUAUAAUUUGCAUUUCAUAUCUAAUCCAAGUAAUAGACCUUUACCUACCCUACCAUCUUAUAGUUCUCAGGCCUCAGAAUCAUAUGUUUAUGCUCAGAAAUCUGUUCCUUCUGUAAACAGUGGAUACAAAUUUGGUGACAGUGAACAGUUAUUGGCAGCUAGAUCUAAAGGCACUGACCGGCAUGUUAUUUCUGUAAAUAAAACAGAAUGUGAAGAGAUUGAAGAUUCAAGAAUAAAGCUUAAACAUUUGGGUAUAAUUUAAAAGUAUGUGCAUUUCUUUUCAAGAGAAUGUUUUAAAUAUCCUGUAUAUUUUACAAAUAUUCAUUAUAAAUUAUUUUGAGGAAGUACUCCAUGAUCUUAUGUCUGAAUUUAUAAUGUUUGUUUUAAAUGCAUGAAAAUCAUUUUCAUUGUUAUUAAAUAAACAAAUGCAUUCAUUUUUAAAGCUACAUUCAAAAGUUAACAACCAAAAACUAACAGUUACAAUCAUUUUGUUUGUUGGAAAUGACAUAUGAAUUCUUGCAACUACUGAUAUAUUCAAUCAUUUGCUGAUUAUGUUUAAGAUAUAUUCAUUGAAUUUAAAAUGUCAAAGAGCUUAUUGUCUGAAACUUAUUUCAAAAUAUUUUUUUCUUUCAUCAUUUUUUUUUUCUAUGUACAGAUAUGUAUUUAUUUAAAUAAUUUUUAAACAUCAUCUGGUAAACUUUAGUUUUUUAGGUCUUUCAGAAUAUGUAUAUAUGUUUCUGUUUUAUGAUCAUGAAAUAUUGAACAAGAAUCUCAAGGCAUUUUUUGAAUUAAAAAAAAUGUGCUUCGUGUAUUUGAUGCAUUUCAUACAGUUUCAUUGUUCCCAUCUGUUCUUUAAAUUAUUUUAUUUGUGUUUACUUAUAUUAAGAGUGGAGUUCAAGAGGAUUCAUGUCAAAAUGAUUACUUUCCUGGUGUCGGUAAGAUUGGCUACUUUUGAGAAUUAUUUGCUUCUUUAAAAGUAGUUUAUUUAGUUGAAAGGAGUUUAACUGUGUUGAUCAUUGAAAUGUUUUGAUGAAAAUCUUGAGCUGUAAAGCUUUUGAUGAAAAAGAUUCAAAUGAUUUUUCACAAAGUCUUGAACUUAACCACAUGAAUGUAUUAGUCAAAAUAACCAAAGAAUUUACAAUACUUCUUUUGAAAAGCCAGAGUAGUUUUUCUCCAUUUUAAUCUACUGGAAAAAAACAAGUAAAUAUUUUCUAUUUUUAUGAAAUGCUACACCAAAUA